CCAGCAUCUGAGGCGGUUCUUGAGUCACGCGGCAAAUUCGCAAGGCAUAUGCGGCUUUAUUGCUUUUUGGUGCGCGCGGAUCAAAGUUAACUCCUCAGGAGGCAUUCACGGCAUCUGACCCUACACUGCAAGGAGCCGCAAUCCCUGAACGUCUUCGGCUUUGUACCUCAGUGGCCGAAUCUGUCCGGGGCUUUCAAAGAGUUGUGUGCUCAGAUUAUUUACAUAAUCGCCAAGGAUAUGAUCCGUGUUUAUUCUGGCAGCUGCCCGCCGAAUUUAACAUAAUAUAGGCUAUACAUAAUUUGUUAAACAAUCAUUUGGAACUUUUGCUUGAAGAAGUGAAGAUGAACGGCACAGCGGACUUCGUCUGCAAGUACGAAGAACUUGGCGACUCGAACAGAACCUCGUGUACGAACAUAAGUGAAUCGCCUUACAGUGUUAUCGAUGUGGCGUCGUUUAUGCACGUUUUCCCGUCCGUGUACGGUAUUCUAUGCACCAUAGGUGUAAUUGCCAACGGUUUAGUGAUUUACGCUGUGGCGACUUGUAAGAAAAAAAUGGUGUCGGACAUCUACGUGCUGAAUUUGGCAAUCGCCGAUAUGCUCUUCUUGUUGGUGAUGCCUUUUACAAUCCACCAACUGGUCAGGGACCAACAGUGGGUGUUUGGGAACUUAAUGUGCAAGGCGGUGAUGGUUGUAGAUGUCAGCAAUCAGUUCACAACCGUGGGAAUUGUAACUGUUUUAUGUAUAGACAGGUACGUCGCCAUCGUCCACCCGACCUCAGAAAGGAGGACCAUCCGGUGGACCAUGGUGAUCAACGGCAUGGUGUGGGUGACCAGCUUCCUGCUGACGGUGCCGGUGAUGCUGUACACGCACACGGUGCGGAAGAAGCAGGUGGAGAUGUGCAUCGUGGACCUGCCUCACGGGCCCAAAGACAUGUACUGGUACACGCUCUACCAGUCCACCAUUGGCUUCAUCAUCCCCCUGGUCAUCAUCAGCACGUUCUACUCCCUCACCCUCUACCACAUCUUCCGCUCCAUGCGGAGGGUCAAGCGCAGGCAGUCCGUCUGGGCCAAGCGCGCCACCAAGACGGUGGUGAUGGUCAUCGCCAUCUUCCUGGUGUGCUGGUCGCCUUACCACGUGAUCCAGGUGAUCAACCUGAGCAUCCAGUCUCCCACCAGCUCCUUCAUCUACGCCUACAACGUCAGCAUCUGCCUGAGCUACUCGCACAGCUGCAUCAAUCCGCUCAUGCUGCUCAUCUUCGCGCAGAAUUACCGCGAGCGCAUCUGCCGGGGGAGGGACAUGCGGGGAGGCAAGCAGAGCUCAUCCAAGGGCACCACGGUGAAGGCCGACCAGAGCUCGGCGGUCACCGCGGAGACCAACUACCGCUGUACGCUGGUCUAGCCAUCCGCCGCUGUGCCGCCGGCCAGUCAUAACCCUUACUCUCUCGCAGUCUGCCAAAACAGGACCCUUACUCCAUCGUAGUCAGCCAUAACAGGAUUAUUACUCCAUUACAACCAAAACAGGAUCCUCACUCACAGUCAGGAAAAACAGGACUCUUACAAUCUCACAAUCAACUAAAACAGGACCCGGUCACCCUCACAGCCAGCCAAAAAGUACCCUUCUCAUCAGCUGAAACAGUCCCCUUACCCCAUCAACACCACCCAAAACAGUCCCCUUACCCCAUCAACACCACCCAAAACAGGACCCUUACCACUAGCUGAAGCAUUGAGUGCACACCCAGCCAAAACAGCAGAGUAGGAUGUGAUCCAUUGUGGUGGUGUUUUGUUGUUAGCUAUAUAUCUCCAUUAUACAUUAUCCUAAAAGCCAUGUAUGUCCUUACCUCCUUUUUGCCAGCCAAAGGAGUUCUCUUACCGCUACCGUAAGUGGAAUCUGUAACCUUUCCCUCAACUGAAAAUAUUGCUUCUGUCUAAACAAAGCAGUAACAUUGAUCCCUUAAUUCCCACCUGAAGUGUUUCCUUACCAUCAUUAUGGCAGCUUAAAGGAUGUCCUCUCUGAUAUGAUAUGAUACAUCUACAGCAGUGGUUCUCAACUCGGGCCAGAAAGGGCCGGUGUGGGUGCAGGCUUUUGUUCCAACCAAGCAGUUACACACCUGAUUCUACUAAUCAAGGUCCUUAGUAAAGACUCCAAAGGUUGAUUAGUAGAAUCAGGUGUGUAACUGCCUGGUUGGAACAAAAGCCUGCACCCAUACCGGUCCUUUCUGGUCCGAGUUGAGAACCACUGAUCUACAGUCUGCUAGACCCCCCUGCCUGCCCCCCUCCCUCCCCUCCCUCCAGAAUCUGCUCUUGCUAGUGUGCAGGGGAAGCAAACCCCAACCCUACUGUUUAAUGUGGGUUUUUAGAAAGAUUUCUUGGUUAGGGAUUCACAUGGAUGUUGAAGCCACAGAGCUCACAUUCACAACAGGUAAAACAAUCACUGCCUCUUCUCCAAUGCCUCAAGGGGGUGGUAGAGCCAAAUAUUGUACCAUGUGACUUGGGUUUCCUAAUACAUCUCUCAAAGGCAGAACUUCUCAACAUCAGUCUGACUGUACUGUAUACAUUUGAUACAAUUACAUACACACACACACACACACACCUACAGGCACGCACACACACUCACACACAUAUAUAUAGUGCCAUGAAUUAGGAUUCGCCCCCUCCCUGAUUUCCUAUUAUUAGCUGUUAUUGCACAUUUGUCACACUGAAUGGUUUCAUCUUUAGACAAAAUGUAAUAUUACACACAGGGAAACUGAGUAAACACAAAACACAUUUUCAAAUUUAUAUUUCAUUUAUUUACAAAUCACGACUAUACAAGCUUACUUGGAACCAUGAGAAAGUCAAAAUAACAUUUUGUUUCCCCCUGGACCCCAUCUGUGUAAGUUAUCAAACACCCAUAUCACCCAUGUGAAAAAGUAAUUGCCCCCUUAGGUACUCAAUCCAUCAAUUAACUAAAUUUAAUUGAGAUGAUAAAAUAAUUUGUUGAAAUAUAUCAGUCUAGAAAGGGUUGCAAAGCCAUUUUUAAGGCUCUGGGACUCCAACGAACCAAAGUGACAGUCAUUAUUGCCAGAUGGAGAGCACUUGGAACAGUGGUGAAUCUUCCCAGGAGUUGCUUGCGUAAAGGCCACAGCGACAAUUUACAAAGAUCUCAGAAGAAGAUCCAAAGGACUUUCUGGUCUCAGCUUAGGACAGUGUUCAUGGCUCCACAAUAUGAAAGCGUGUAAACGUGGGACAGUAGCAAGUUGGAAACCACUGCUAACUAAGAGGAACAUCAAUGCUCAUCUCACAUUUGCAAAAAAAAGCACCUGGAUGAUACCCAUAAUGUUCUAUGGACAGAUGUGACAAAAGUGUAACCUUUUGGAUUAAACCAGUCCUGUUAUGUCUGGCAUAAAGCAAGUACAGCAUUUCACAGUAAGAACACCAUACCAACAGACAAACAUGGUGAUGGUAGUGUGAUGAUGUGGGGAGGCUUUGCUCCCUUGGGACCUGGAUGACUUGCCAUUAUUGAAGGAACCAUGAAUUCUGCUCUGUACCGGAAAUUUCUUUAAGAGAAUGUUUGGUCAUUUGUCCAUGAGCUGCAGCUGAAGCAUAAUUGGGUUAUGCAGAAAGACUAAUAUCCAAAACACAAAAGCAAGUUCACAUCGCAAUGGAUGAAAAGAAACAAAAUUAAAUUUUUGCAGUGGCCUAGGCAAUGUCCAAACUUGAACCCAUUAGAGAUGCUGUGGCAGGAUUUGAAAUGAGCAGUUCAUGCUUGAAAAUGUACCAAUUUGUCUACAAGGAAGUAUUUAGAAGAACAGUUCCGCAAAGAAGAGUGGGCUAAAAUUCCUCCACAGCGAUGUGAUACAAAAUUAUAUGAAGUGUUUGGUUGCAGUUAUGGCUGCUAAAGGUGGUGCAACCAGUUAUUAAGUUAUGCAAUUACAUUUUCAUGGGUUUUCAUAACUUUUUUCAUUAAAUACAUUUUUUUUAAAUGUGUUUUGUGUUUACUCAGGUUUCCAUCCUGUCUAAUAUUACAUUUUGUCUAAAGAUCUGAAGCCAUUCAGUAUGACAUUAGGCAAUAUUAGUGGAAAUCGGGACAGGGCAAAUACUUAUUCAUACACUGUACAUAAACACACCAUGGCCUAUGUUUUGUAUUUCACAUUGCUGUUCUCGUUGUUUGUUAAUGUGUUGUUAAUAUUAUUGUUAACUUUUAUUUGCCCUCUGGAAGCGUACUUUUGAGUGUAGUCCAUCAUUCAGGCAAGCUUUCUAUGGUAUAACGAGAUAAAUAUGUGUCACUAAUAAAACCUGUACGUCUACUGUUCAAACUUGUGAAAAGGUUCACUGCAGCAUUACGCAAACAUCACAUUCAAGCAAUGAACUACCCCGUCUUUUUAUGUUACUUGUGUUGUUGCAAUGGAGUAAAACCUUUUAUAAAACUUUUUUUAAAAUGUGGAAAUUCUGUCACUUCAAACUCUGCACCAUAGAUAUUUUGUCACUGUUUCGUUUAUUUUGUGGUGAUCAUUCUGUGAAUGAAUGCCAUGCAAACCCAUUAUUACAUUAUGUGAAAUUAUCUGCAGUAAUGGAUCACAAAAAAAAAAAAUCAAAGGAAAAUGUGGGCAUGUGUUUGUUGUACUCAUUGAAGAAAAUUGAAUGAGAAAAUUGAAGGGGAAAAAUAUAUAUCUAUGUUAAAUGUUUUUUGUUUUUUUUAAACGAGAGUGGCUUGAUUGCUAGAGUCAUCUUCUGAUGCUCAAACUCGGAUUUAAAAUUACCUGGGGUCUUAGGGUGAAUGAAAGCUGAGAGAAAAUGAAAGUUAUGUUGGCGGUUUUAUGUAAUGUGGUCAGGGAAUGUUUGUUGCUGAUGUUGAUAAAAUAACAUAACAUAACAUAAAAUAACAUAACCUAACAUAGCAUGAUGAUGAGAACAGGCCAUUCAGCCCAACAAUGCUGGCCAUUUUCCUGACUAAAUUAGUGCUCUGAUUACCUACAGCAAAUGAUUCAGUGUCUUGAUGUAGCACAGCCAAGAUCGGGAAAGGGUUUAGUGUUUUAAGUUAUAUUGAAUUGAUUUCCGUUCCAUUGAUUUUCCAGUUGUUUUGUGUCUGUGCGAAACAGGUAGUCUGCGCUUAAAAUAUCUGUGCAAAGAAUGUGUAAAUGCUACCAUAUGUAUAAAAGAUUUGUUCAAACGAA